AUGCAUACCCAAGAAGAAUUACACCACUUAAAAAAGGAGAUAAAAGACUGGGAAUACAGUUUCCAAAGGGCCCACGGUAGUCUACCUGGGAAGGCUGAUGUGAAAUCUAAUUCUAAAAUUUAUAAUCUUUAUAAGUCUUACAAAACAUGCAAAGCAGCUUUAUCUACAAAUGAGCCUAAGGAGCUAAAAAGUUCCUGCAAAGGAGCCGAAGAAAAGGAAAAUGGGGUUGGACAGAUUCAACCGCAAACAGCCAUUGAUUUUAGCAUAGAUGAUGAUACUGAGGUUGAUGAAGAUAUAGUAAUAGAGCCACUUGUUAUGAACGUAGAGUUGGGUCCCACACCUCAAGCACACGGCAGGAUCCUUUCGAUUUUUGAUAUAAAGAUGACACCACCAGACUCAUCACCAUUAGUUUCAAAGAGAGCAACUUCUAAUCAAGCGCAGAAUAACGAAACACUUUUCAAGACUCCAACGAAACCAAAGAUACCGAAGAUGAGCCCUUCAACUUCAAUUGAAACGCCCGUAAAUCUGUCCACGUUAAUACAAAAGCUUCAGUUGGCUGCGCAACAGCCGGAGACACCUACCAAGGCUAACAGAAUGCCUAUCGACAAAUACGCAGUAACACCGCAAUAUUUGGCCAAGAAUAACGAUAAGUUCAGCUUUCUGUCAAAACAAGACAAUGAAGGGGAAAAUGCUUUGGGACUUGGACAAGUGAAACAUAUAGAGCCAUUGACCCCUCUGAAGGUGACGAAUAACGAUUUUCUGGUGUCUCCAUCACCUCUAAAGACGCAGCGAUUCUUUUCUAAGAAGAUUUCGGAGAUAUUUAAUGAUUUCAAAUCGCUACAAGCAAAUGAACCUUCGCAUAAUGAACGAAAUGAUCAACCUAGUCAAGAAAUCGAUUCUGAUGAAGUCAUAGAUGACAAAACAACGACUUUUAAGAAACGUAGAACGCAAAAGCGUACUACCCGCAGAUGGAAAAUGAAGCCUAGAGAUGAGACUGAUGGAGGAGACUUUUUUGAUGGGAAAAAUAUUCACGAAGUAAUAGAAAAGAUGGAUGAGAAGGAACAUCGGAAAUUGGAAAGCUAUAUGAAUUCCGAUGAACUGGAUCACGAAAGCGAUACGCAACCAAGCCAUCCUACGAAGAAGCAAGGCAAUGGGAAAAAGAUCAAGCCCAUUAGUCAAAAUUAUUGUAGGCUUAAAAUUAAUGACCCUAGAUCUAAGAACUUCAAACGAAGAAUGAAUAGACGCUAG